CAAUAUUUGACCCCAAACUCCAACUCGACCUCGGAGGCAAUCCAUCGAACAGUGUCGUUUCCAUCGGCCCCGCUGUGGACCAAAUCGGGAAGGCAACGACAGCAUGGCGGAAGCUGUUCUCGUCGUCCUCGUCUCCUUCCUCUCCCUCGCCCUCCUCUCCUUCUCCCAAGAUCCUGACCUUAAAUCUGGUUCCGCUUACGACGAGCUCAGGACCAGCGGGUUCCCCGUCGGCCUCCUCCCCACCAACGUCCUCACCUACUCCCUCAACCGCACCUCCGGCGCCUUCGCCGUCGACCUCGACGACCGUUGCCGCGUCACCCUCCCCCCGGACAACUACCUCGCCACCUAUUCCCGCCGGAUCACCGGCAAGCUGGCGGACCGCCGAAUAUCCGACCUCGAUGGCAUCAGGGUCAAGGCCUUCUUCCGUUGGUGGUCCAUUACUGGGAUACGCUCCACCGGCGACGAUCUGGUGUUCGAGGUUGGCGUCGUCUCCGCCAAGUACCCCUCCCGUAACUUCGACGAGAGCCCUGACUGCGAGGGCCGCAGCCCUAGAAAGGCCGCCUCUUGAGCAUUAUGAAGGGACACUUAUGUAAGGCGAAGUCUUGGUGAGGAGGUUAGAAGCUGUUGUUGGAAAUCAUUGCAUUAUUUCAAUAUUGAAUCGUGUACCAUAGCAUCUAUGUAUUACAUGUUAUCGAUUGAAAAGAGGUGAUGAUGAUAGCUUGGAGCCUCUUAAUUUUUUAUGCAAGUUGCACAACUGGAAAAGCAUGAGCUAAGCAUGUAUAAGUGUCAUCAAACAUCAUGGAAUAUGAAACCUUGGUUUUCAAUGCCCUCA